UAUGAAAGAAUGAACAACUCAUUUCUGAUUGUUAUCGACAUGGAAAGGGAACACUCUAGCUACGGCUGCUGCUGGUGAUGAGCAAGUCGAUUUUCGGUCCAGAAUCGUGGCUUGCUCAUGCUAAUUUCGGUGCUAUCUUACCUGAGCUUCACAAACGAACCUUUUCAAAUUUUUUUCUUUCUUUUUGUAAGAUUUUUCUUGACCUUGUAAGACCUUUUCUUGACCUUGUAAGACCCCGCGUAGUGUGUGUUUGGUUUAACAAAUCGACUUGCUAUGGCCUCUGCAUUUGGAUGUUGAUACGGAGAGGCUCUCAUAUGCAGCUUCCUGUUUCCGUACAAUGCAUCUUCUCCUUCCUUGUCUAUCCCUCCCGAGCUAUUCGAAAUCAACGACCCUCCCUCCCCUUCCAUGUUCCACCAUGAGAGAGACUCCCCUUGACCAUACAAGUAACAAGCGAAGGCAAUGGUGUCAUAAUCUCGAUGAAGUCAUGAUCAUAAAUGAUGCAAAGAGAGAAGCAAACACCAUCUCUCCCUCUCUCUCUCCCCAGCUGCUAAUAGCCCUGUAUGAAAGAGUUUAUAGUAGAAAAAAAAGAGAGUAAUAUACUUUUUCUUUUUCUUCAGCAACAAGAAAUGAAGGUAUAUAUUUGUGGUAGACAGAGCUGUUUUUCUCUGUUUUCUUUGUUGACCAAUGACUGGUUUUCAAGGGCUUAGUUUGUAAGUUUUAGUAACUUUAUGUAUCCAAAAUAAAAGCAAACGAGA